AUGCCGCAGUGUACACACUGUGGUCUGUUAGCUUCUGGCAAGAUGUAUUCAGUGUUGGCGUGCUUACUGUUGGGAGCACUGGGAGUGUUGGGAGCUCCAGAAGCGGAUGAGAUCAAGUCUCUCCCUGGACUUUCGAAACAGCCCGGCUUUAAACAGUACUCCGGCUAUUUCAAUGUGGCAAAGAACAAACAUCUCCAUUACUGGUUUGUGGAGUCUCAGAAAGACCCAGCUAACAGUCCAGUGGUGUUGUGGUUAAACGGUGGACCAGGCUGCAGUUCCCUGGAUGGUCUACUAACAGAACACGGGCCUUUCUUGAUCCAAGAUGAUGGUGUUCAUUUGGAGUACAAUCCUUAUUCUUGGAAUAUGAUUGCCAACGUGCUAUACCUGGAGUCACCAGCAGGUGUCGGCUUUUCUUUCUCCGAUGACCAGAAAUAUGCAACCAACGACAGUGAGGUUGCCAUAAAUAACUACUUGGCUCUGAAGGAAUUUUUCCGCCUCUUCCCGGAAUACAGCAAGAAUGAAUUUUUUCUCACUGGUGAAAGCUAUGGGGGCAUUUACAUUCCCACCCUUGCCGAAGUAGUUAUGGAGGACAGUGCCAUUAACCUGCAGGGUAUAGCUGUUGGAAAUGGCUUGGCCAGCUAUGAAUUAAAUGACAAUUCUCUUGUCUAUUUUGCAAAUUACCAUGGACUGAUUGGCGUAAGUUUAUGGGCGACCCUGCAGAAAUACUGUUGCAAAGAUGACCAGUGUAACUUCUAUAAUAAUGCUGAUCCAAAUUGUACAACUGCAGUGUCACAGGUGCAGCAAAUUGUCUACAAUUCUGGUUUGAACAUUUAUAAUCUGUAUGCAGACUGUGCUGGUGGGGUCCCUGGUACAUCAAGUAUUGAAAAUGGGCGGCUAGUGAUUCGUGACUUUGGCAACAACUUCAUUAACCACAGGUGGUCUCAUUCAUGGAACCAGAAACUGCGUGGUAUUAGCUUGGCUGUCAAGUCAGUGAAACUUGAUCCUCCUUGUGUCAACUCCACCCCAUCUGCUACGUACCUGAACGACCCCUACGUCAAAACUGCCCUUCACAUCUCGCCUAAAGCACUUGAUUGGGAGAUCUGUAGUGCUGAGGUGAAUCUCAACUACGACCGUAUUUUCAUGGAUGUGAAGAAGCAGUACCUGAAGCUGCUCUCAGCAUUGAAAUACCGUGUGCUGGUGUAUAAUGGAGAUGUGGACAUGGCCUGCAAUUUCCUCGGUGACGAGUGGUUUGUUGAGUCACUUCAGCAGGAGGUCCAAGUUCAGCGCAGGCCGUGGCUCUACUACAAUGGAGAGACUCAGCAAAUUGGUGGUUUUGUUAAGGAGUUUUCCAACCUGGCCUUCCUUACAGUAAAGGGAUCGGGUCACAUGGUUCCCACUGACAAACCCAUUGCUUCCUACGCCAUGUUCACACGCUUCAUCAAAAAGCAGCCAUAUUAAUGCCUACGCUGGUUCUACACUGUGCCGAGGUUGGAAAUUGCACUGAGUCACCACUAAUCACUGUGUGUUAAAGUAGCUGAUCCACGUCCUCUUCAGUAAUCGUUUCUAUACAUGCUUUGCUGUAUGAAUGUAUUGGCUGAUUAGCUCUCUGUGUAACUGCAGGUACUUUAAUGAUUCCUAAAUGCUGAACUAUUUUUAAUCUCUGUGUACUGCAUUACAAACAUUUGAAAAUUUAAAACAUUCUAAUUGUAAUUGCCCAAAUAGGGUAGGUCAUUUUUAUCUUUCUAAGGCUUGUCCAGCAGCACAGUUUUUCAAGUAGUUGUAUUUUAAUGUUAAUUAUGGCAAAAGGAAUUUUCAUUAAAAAUUGUAUAAUAUGAAUAUAGGAAUCACGUUUUACCACUGAGAUGAGUUUUCUUGUAAUGGCAUUUUGUUGCUCAGGGUUAGUUUUGUACUUUUGUUCACAAUGAGCACUAAAUGGGAGAAUGUGUGCCUUUGCAGUCAUCAGUGUUUUCUGUUUUUCUAUUACAACAAUGUGAUUUGUUUAAAUAAACCAGACUUUAUUUUAAA